CUCUCUUGCUGCCAGGCAGAAUGCAACACUCAAGUCCAUCUACCCAUGCAGGUCCUCCCGCAACAUCCAUCGGGAUUUUGGACACCAACAUCCUAAUGAACAUCGGUCAAACAAUCCUCAAAAUUAGCGGUUCCAUCGACACUCGUGCCAACUUCGAAUCAAUAUUAGCCGGCUUAAGCAAAUUUAACAACUGUAUUCUAAUGCUGCCCAGCAACGUGGAGGACGAUUUGCGUCAGGUCAACGAGCGCCAUGCGAACUGCCCCGCAAGACGAGCAGCAACAGGUUUGGCUCUGUCAGUACUGAACGGGGAUUUUGCGAGUGUUCGGCUGGUGCGGCACAACAUGGAAGCCUACAGCGGGCAUUCGGUGGAUUUACUCUGUAUUCCGUCGGACAUCGUAAAAGUGUUUUUGAUAACGAACGAUAAGAUCCUGCAGCUGAUUGCUUUGGUCAGUGACAUUACUUGCUCACGCCUUACGCUGUAUAACGAAUCAGUCGGCAUUCGUUUUGUGGAGUUUCGAGGUGACCUUUGGGAUGUUGGUGUUUGUUUGGAUAAAAUCUUUGGUAAGAUCGUCAAGCAGCAGUGGAGAGACGAAGCAUCGUGGCAGUGUAAAGAUCAUCUGGUAGAUACGUUGACCAGAGCGUUAUGCAUUGUCGACCAGCAGAAGCGUUUCGGUCAACGAUCUACCAAGAGGAAAUGCAGCCUUCUGUACGACCAAACGGUGGAGGAAUCUUUAGUUUCCUGCCCACACGGAAAUGCUGAAUGGGAAUUAUUAGCUGAGCCUAGUUAACGAACAAAUGUUAAAGCGUUUGAUGUCUGGAAGGUAGGAGGUAUCAAACGCAAG